AUGGAUCUUUACCCUCGGAUCGUCAAGGAAAGCACUACCAUCUCCAUCUGCCUCUUCUGCUUCGCUCCGGGGAGUCCGCCGGCCCUUUCACCGGAGGCGACCGACUACGUUGCGCCGCCGAGCUCCAGCAGCAAAUCGACGUUGGUCCGUUUACCUGGCAAUAGCCACCUGCGGUCUAUCGUCACGGCCGUGGUUGGGGCCGGUCUGGCCGUCUGCUUCCUCCUGAUCGCGAUCCAUGUCGUCCUUCGCCACUUCUCUCGACGACGCCGCGGCGGCGUCGGUGCUACGGCGGCGCCGCCGCAUCAGGCUCCUGCUCCAGCCGAGGGCGGCGUCGGCCUCCGGCAGGACCUCUUGGUGGGGAUCGGUGGGGAGGAACCCUACCAUGUCUGGUACAUCAAGACGGUGGGGCUGGACGAGAUGACGAUCGAGGCGAUCUCCGUGUUUCCAUACAAGAAAGGGGAGGGUCUGGUGGACGGCUCCGACUGCGCCGUCUGUUUGGGGGAGUUCCAGGAAGGGGAGAUGCUGCGGCUGCUUCCUAAGUGCAGCCACGCCUUUCACAUCCCCUGCAUCGACACCUGGCUCCGAUCUCAUGUCAACUGCCCGCUCUGCCGAGCUCCAAUUGUCGCCCCUCCCCAAAACCCUACACCUCCGAUCCUCGACCCCGGCACUGGCAGCAGAAGCUUGACGGCGGCGGCGGUGGAUCAGGGCGGUUUGGAAGCCGGCGGACGGGCUGAUUCCCGAGAAUCUGGGAUGACGCUUUCUCAGACGGCGUCUGAUGAAAGAUCCGCGGAAGUUCAGCCAUCUGCUGUGCUGCCUCCUGCUCCCCGUGGGGAUUCCUUUUCAUCUGAGGAGUCUGAGUCGGAGAUCUGUGUGGCGAUCGAUUUGGGGAACGGAGGAAUUAUCGAUGCAGCUCCACCCUGUGCGGUGUCCAAGGAAGGAAGUGGGGAUUUGGAGCUACAGCCGGUGAGGCGCUCCGUUUCCAUGGACUCGGCGCUCGCCAGCCUUUUGCUCAGGAUGCGUCUGGCCGGCAGCCGCAGAUGA